GGUGCUUGUCAAAAAGUCCAAAGUAAACAAACAAACCCAAUUUAUUUUACUGCGUGCUCUGUGUUUAAUUUAUUUGAAAAUUAAAUGAGAAUACGGUUCAAGGUUAUAAAAUGAAUGAAAUCGCCGAUACCUUAUCACACGACGACCUAAUAGAAGUUACAAAUUCAUCUAUAACGGCUCUACUAAAAUCAGACACGCUGUUGUGCGAUCUUCCUUCCGACGUUAUUUUAGAAGAAGUUAUAUCUCAGAUUGCUGUGGAGCAUGGUCAGUCAAUCACAAUAAAUGUAUCCAGAGAAGAUGAACCUGCACUGAAAGUGAUUGUUCCACAAAAUGCCACAGUCAUUGAACUCAAGAAGGCAAUUGCAAGGCACUUCGAGAUAUACCAGUCAAGAAUGAGGAGCAAGGUCAAAAUAUCCUGGAAAUACAUCUGGAAGACAUACGACUUAAACUAUGACGGUAUAAUACUGGACAGCGACUACAGUCACAUUGAUGAUUACGGAGUAUGCAAUAAAGUAACAUUAACCUUCAAGAAAAGAAAGAAAAAGAAGAAAAAUAGCUAGAAGACAUUUAUUUCAAAUUAAAUCUGUUACACAACUAAAUAUAUCCCCAUUUUAAAAUCUAUUCUUAUAAUUCAUUUCAAUACUACCCUAGUGGAAUAAACAGGGCAUGUCAGCCACCUUGUGGCUAAGUUUGCAACUUAUGUUAAGACUUGGAGAUGGAAAUGAAAUACUGGUGGACAAACUUUCCACUGAUGGAUGGA